AUGGCGCCGUGGUUGUCAUUCUUCGCAGAAUACAACUUUACGGUCGAGUACAAACCAGGACGACUUAAUGUCGUCGCUGAUGCACUCUCACGUCGUCCCGACUUUGAAACAGUCGCGAAACCCAACAGUGAGACAGUCACUGUUGCGGUUAUGACGUCCUCAGUCCCAUCUACAACGUUGUAUGAUGAUGUGAGGCGGGCAUACGCCCAAGAUGCCGUUUCUGGUGACACACCACGUGUUGUCAUUCCAGAUGAUACUGAUCUGCGUUUGCGGAUCAUGUUCGAGUAUCACGAUGCUCCUACAGGAGGACAUCGUGGCCGGGAGAAAACAUUUCUCACGGUGAGUCGAGACUGUAACUGGCCCCGCCAGUAUCAGUUUGUGCGAAUCCUCUACCGGUUCCGGCUGAGUGCUGGGAAUCCAUCUCAAUGGAUUUCGUCUUCGGGUUACCCAAAGACGCACGCGGGAAUACGGGUAUUCUCGUAUUUGUUGACAGAUUCAGCAAAAUGGUACACCUUGUGGCUGUACCAGAGACAAUCACGGCAAGUGGCUGUGCUUGUGUCUUUAUUGACACCAUCUUCCGACUUCAUGGGUUGCCCCGUGAACUCGUAUCGGACAGAGAUCCACGAUACACUGCUGAUUUCUGGCGUUCCGUGUUCAAAUCACUCGGAACGCGCUUGA